CAGGCGAUCGCCGAACGCCGCUGCGGCUUGUCCAGUCGUCGCCGGCGGCCGGCGGGGAGCACGCUUCGUCGUGACGCUCGGAACUGAGCCUAGCGAGAGAAAGCAACGGUGUCGAGCCGCCCAGCCGGAGGGCUCGGGCGGCGGCGCCCGGCGAUCCCCAUCGUCCCCGGCGGCCGCGGCAUGGACAGCCCCAGGAGGAGCGCGGCCGCGGUGGCCUUGCUGCCGGACGACGCCAUCGUGGAGAUCCUCUCCCGCGUCCCCGCCAGAUCCCUCUGCCGGUUCAAGUGCGUCUCCAGGGUCUGGCGCGACCUCCUCGCCGAACCCCUCCGCCGCAAGAAGCUCCCCCAAACCCUCGAGGGCUUCUUCUACGCCUACGACGGCGACGACGAGGUACACUGCGGCAACCGCGACGAUGGCGGCGGCGAGGGGGGUCGCAUCGUCCACGGGCGCUUCAUCAACACGCUGGGUAGAUCCGUGCCCCUCGCGUCUUUCUCCUUCCUGGGGGAGCAGCCGGGAAUUGAGGAACUCGGUCUCUUGCAUUCCUGCAACGGCCUUGUCCUCUUCGGGCACAGAAGGGCUGGAGACACCUACGAUUCACUGGGCUUCAUCGUGUGCAAUCCCGCCACCGAGCAAUGGGUGGCCGUGCCCAACUCCGGCUGGAACCCUAAUUUGUUUCACCCAUGGGAUGAUUCUAGCUGCAGGUUCACCUAUUUGAUUUUCGAUCCUGCUGUGUCCUCGCACUUUCAGUUGGUCCAGUUCUGGACGUACGCUGACAGAUUCUUGGAAGGGGUGCACACCUACUCGUCUGAAACUGGGAUAUGGUCUGAGAGGACAAGUGAGUGGGGUUCAGAUUGGGCCUUAUCUUUCUUUGCAAGAAGCGCCUUCGUUCAUGGCAUGCUGCCAUUAUCCACAACUUUGUUGGUAUAGGCCCAGUGCUAAUACUUACAGUUGAUGGGGAAGGGAAGAAGUGUAGGAUCAUCAGUGGGCCGUGGAAGCCUAAUGAUCGUGUUUUUGUUGGUCAAUCCCAAGGACACCUGCAUUACAUGAGUGAAUAUAGAGAUGACACUCGCCAGAUGACUGAACUGUCCAUUUGGGUUCUUCAGGACUACCAUACAGAAGAAUGAGUUCUGAAGCACAGUGUUCCCUUUUUGCAGCUGUUUGGAAGAACGAGUUGCCAUGUUGAAGAUGAUGACUACAAUGUGGUUGCCAUUCACCCGGACCACAAUAUGAUCUUCUUUGUUCAGCACUGGGACCUGAAACUGAAAUCAUAUGACAUGGAUAGCAAGGAAGUGCGCACUCUCCGCACUCUAGGGGUUGGCCGUCAGAAUAUUUUACCAUAUGUUCCCUAUUUCUCGGAGUCAUCGGUACUUGCUAGUAAGCACUAAAAUUGUGCCUUGUGAGAUACUAGUCAAAUUUGAUGUUCCAAGUAAUGUGUUCCAGCACAGGAGCAUCUAGCAACAUAAAUAUAUCUGUAGAAUUAGGUAAUGUGUUCUGAUGGUGCUUCGAUGUAUUCCUACUCAUGCAUUUUGUCUGCUAAAUACUGCUUGCCUAAGUUGCAGAAUAUGUGAUAUUUGAACUUCAAGUUUCUAGAA